AAAUAAAGGAUCUAAACCUGGCACUUUUGGUGCUUGAAAAAAAAUGCUACAAUAAGUUUCUCUGUUGAUAUUUGUGUUUAAAGGGUGUAAGGUGUUGCAGUUUAUAGUAGGAAGAUGGCAUUUUCUAUUAAUUUCCAGGCAUGGAGUUGUUUUUGGGUGAAGGAGCCUCGUCUUAGAGUGAGAGCUGAGAGAUCAGACUGUAAUGAUUUGUCAGUAUUGUCAUCUGAUGGGGUCUCUGUGAGUGGAUCAGUUCCUGUGAUGGGAAAGAAAGCAAUGAAAAAAGGGUCAGUGCUUGAAGAUGGGAAAUGGAAUUUCAAGUCUACAACUGAGAAAAAUAUUGUUUCUGAAGAACUGGAACUAUUCUGGGACGAUGGUUAUGGAACUAAUACUGUGAAAGAUUAUAUCGAUGCUGCAAAGGACAUGAUUAAGCCGGACGGUGGACCACCAAGGUGGUUUUGCCCUGUUGAAUGUGGGCGCCCUAUCAAAGAUUCUCCUCUACUUCUGUUUUUACCUGGGCUAGAUGGUGUUGGGAUGGGCCUCAUUUUGCACCAUAAACCUCUUGGAAAGGUUUUUGAAGUCCAAUGCCUUCAUAUUCCAGUGAAUGAUCGAACACCAUUUGAAGGACUGGUGAAACUAGUUGAAGAAGCUGUUAGGAUUGAGCAUGCUUCCCAUCCAAAGAGUCCAAUCUAUUUAGUGGGAGACUCCAUUGGAGGAUGCUUAGCCCUUGCCGUUGCUGCUCGUAAUCCGAGUGUUGACUUAGUGAUGAUAUUAGUAAAUCCAGCCACAUCAUUUGCCAGUUCUCAACUGCAACAAUCUCUCCCUGUAUUGGAAGCUUUCCCUGAUGGAUUACAUGUUAGAACUAUCCCCUUUCUUCUCAGCCUUAUGAUUGGGGAACCAUUGAAAAUGGCUAAAGUUGGUGUUGAAGCUAGGCUUCUUCCCACACAGAAAUUUGAGAAAGUUUCUAGUAACCUCACUGCUUUGCUUCCCUUUUUUUCUGGUUUACCUGAGAUUUUACCUAAGGAGACUCUCCUUUGGAAGUUAAAGCUGCUUAAAUCGGCUUCUGCUUAUACUAAUUCACGUCUCCAUGCUGUUAAAGCUGAAGUAUUAGUGAUUGCCAGUGACAAGGAUCAUCUAUUUCCCAGUCGACAAGAAGCACUUCGUCUUAAGAAAGUAUUACCAAAUUGCAUAGUUCGCAUCUUCAAGGACAAUGGUCAUGCCCUUUUAUUUGAAGACUGCAUAAAUUUGCUUACUAUCAUUAAAGGUACCUGCAUAUACCGGCAUUCCAGCAGGCAUGAUUUUAUCAAAGAUUUUCUGCCUCCCAGCAUCUAUGAAUACAAAUGUGCAUUUGAUGACUUUUCAGGAAUCUUACGUUUUCUCGUAUGUACAACGAUGUUCUCAACCAUGGAAGAUGGGAAGAUAGUUGGGGGGCUUGCAGGGGUUCCGGAUGAGGGUCCCGUAUUGUUAGUUGGCGACCAUAUGUUAUUGGGGAUGGAAAUCAACUGCCUGGCAGAAGCAUUCUUAAGAGAAAAGAAGAUCAUGAUCCGUGGAAUGUCGCACCCCGAGUUGUUUGGGGGAAAUUUCCAGAAAUUAUCCACUACAUUUAACUUUUCUGAUUGGCUCAAAGUGAUGGGAGCAAUGCCUGUCUCACCAAAAUCACUUUUCAAAGCUUUAUCUGCAAACUCCCAUGUACUUCUUUAUCCUGGUGGUGCUCGUGAGGCCCUCCAUCAUAAGGGAGAACAAUAUAAACUAUUUUGGCCUGAUCAACCAGAAUUUGUGAGAUUCGCGGCACAGUUUGGGGCCACCAUUGUACCAUUUGGGGUUGUAGGAGAAGAUGAUAUAGUGCAAAUGCUCCUUGAUUACAAUGACUACAUGAAAAUCCCUAUUGUUAAUGACAAAAUCAAAGAAGCCAUUCAAGAUGGUGUGCAAUUCAGGGAUAAAGCACUAGGAGAGGUUGCUAGCCAAGAGAUCUUCAUUCCAGCUUUGUUACCCAAAAUUCCAGGCCGGAUUUACUUCGUUUUCGGAAAACCGAUGAAACUGAAAGGCAGAGAUGAUUUGGUGAAGAAUCGAGAAGCUGCAAGUGAAGUAUAUUUGCAGGUAAAAUCUGAAGUUGAACACUGUAUUGAUUACUUGUUAAAGAAGCGAGAAGAGGACCCUUUUAGAAACAUAUUUAACAGAAUGAUCUACCGAACUUUCUAUUCUCCUUUAUACGAAGUUCCUUCUUUCAAGCCUUGAAGGAAACAA